GGGGGCCCCGCAGGAAGAGGAGCUCGCGGAGAAGGGAGCAAGAAGAGGCGGCGGCGGCGGCGGGAGAGAUCAUGGAGCCCCCCGGGCAGGUCAAGGACCGCAUCCUGGAGAACAUCUCGCUCUCCGUCAAAAAGUUGCAAAGUUAUUUUGCUGCCUGUGAGGACGAGACACCAGCCAUCAGGAACCACGACACAGUCCUGCAGCGUCUCUGCGAACACCUCGACCACGCACUGCUUUAUGGGCUCCAAGAUCUCUCUUCAGGCUACUGGGUCUUGGUGGUCCACUUCACCCGUCGAGAAGCGAUUGAGCAGAUAGAGGUGCUUGAGCACGUGUCCACAAAUCUCGGGCGCAGCCGAGCGUGGCUGUACCUGGCCCUCAAUGAGAACUCCUUGGAGAGCUACCUGCGUCUCUUCCAGGAGAACCUGAGCCUGCUGCACAAGUACUACGUCAAGAAUGCUCUUGUCUGUAGCCAUGACCACUUGACCCUCUUUCUCACCCUGGUCUCUGGCCUGGAGUUUAUUCGGUUUGACCUGGACCUGGAUGCUCCUUAUCUGGACUUGGCGCCUUACAUGCCGGAAUACUACAAGCCUCAGUACCUGCUGGACUUUGAGGAUCGCUUGCCCAGCUCUGUCCAAGGCUCGGACAGCCUCUCGCUCAACUCCUUCAACUCUGUCACCUCCACCAACCUGGAGUGGGACGACAGUGCCAUUGCGCCCUCCAGUGAGGAUUAUGAUUUUGGAGAUGUCUUUCCCGCAGUGCCGUCCAUGCCCACCACAGCCUGGGAAGACGGAGAUCUCACAGACACCCUCAGCUGCCCACGUUCUGUUACUUCUGAGCUGAACACUAGCCGAGCAUCUGCCAAGAGCCCAACACAGCAGCGUUACAACCCUUUCAAUGAGAAAGCAGAAGCCCCGUCCUCCACUGAAACGACCCCGUUGCACUCUGCCUCCCAGGAGAAGGCCGACCUUGUUACAACAGAAGGCACGGACCAGUCAGAGAGCUGUGCCGAACUGGAAGUCAUCAGGUUGGCCAAAAAGAAGAAAACGGGCAAGAAGAAGAAAGUCAAAUCAGAGGAGGCCGCCGGGCCCACUUCCAUUCCGGCCACCCAGGCUGGGCCUCAAGAUGGAGAUGAGGGGAACCUGUCAAGUGCCGGGGCCAGAGGGAAGGAAUCCGGUCCCGAGGCAAUCCCAGAGCUGAGCACUGAGGCCUCUGCGCUCUCCCAGCUGGGGCUGCGUAUCCCUGAGAUGAAGGACACCUCCAUGGAGCGGGUGGGCCGGUCACUGAGCAAAGUGAUGGACUCACUGGACAGGCAUUUGGGUGCCUCGGCUCCAGCAACAGGCCGUGGAUGGAGCCACCACCUCGAGUCCCCUGACCAGUCCUUUCGGACCGAUUCUCCAGGGGAGGCCCCCUCAUCGGAGGGGCCACCCCCUGGCGGCUUUAGUGAGGGGCUUUCAGCCCCCAUGGACUUCUACCGUUUUACCGUCGAGAGUCCAAACACUCCUGCAGCAAGUGGUAGCCACCAUGACCCUGCAGGGAAUGGCCAACCGCCACAUGUUCCUGGUGGCCCUGAAGCUGCUGAGGAAGAGGAGGAAGGAGGAUGGAGAAGACGAGAGACAUCUGGGCCAACAGUAACGGACUCACAGGAGGAAGAAGAGGAGGCAGUUGAGAGUGCCGGGGUGGAGGCCCUCAGCAGGGUAAAGGGGGACCAGAAAAGUCCCUCCCCAAGUAGCGCCGAGGACUCAGGGGUGGAGGAGGGGCAGGGCAGCCCAUCUGAGACAGCCCACCCCUCAGAGUUCAGGGUAGACAAUAACCACUUGCUUCUCCUGAUGAUCCAUGUCUUUCGGGAGAAUGAGGAACAACUCUUUCGAAUGAUCCGAAUGAGCACUGGGCACAUGGAGGGGAACCUCCAACUGGUCUACGUGCUGCUGACGGACUGCUAUGUGUAUCUCAUCCGCAAAGGAGCCGCAGAGAAGCCAUACAUGGUGGAGGAAGCUGUUUCCUAUAAUGAGCUGGAUUAUAUCUCGGUAGGCCUAGAUCAGCAGACAGUGACCUUGGUCUGCACCAACCGUAGGAAGCAGUUCCUUCUGGACACAUCUGACGCCAGCCUGACUGAGUUCUUCCUGGCAGCUCUGAAGUCAGCAAUGAUCAAAGGAUGCCGGGAGCCACCCUACCCAAGCAUCUUGACUGAUGCCACCAUGGAGAAGCUCGCUUUGGCCAAAUUUGUGGCCCAGGAAUCCAAGCGGGAGACCUCUGAGGUGGUUGUACGCUUCUACGGCCUUGUGCACUGGGAAGACCCCAUGGAUGAAACCCUGGGACCCACCCCUUCGCACUACACAUUGGCAGAAAACUCUAUCACAAAGGAAGGCAUCCUGUACUACAAGGCCGGCACCAAUUACCUGGGCAAGGAGAACUGGAAGCCUUGUUUUGUGGUUCUCAGCAAUGGCAUCUUGUACCAGUACCCCGACCGUACAGAUGUGACCCCUCUGCUCUCUGUGAACAUGGGGGGAGAGCAGUGUGGUGGGUGUCGGAGGUCAAACACCACGGACCGGCCCCACUCCUUCCAGGUGAUCUUGACUGACCGACCUUCCCUGGAGCUGAGUGCUGAGAACGAGGAAGAGAUGGCCGACUGGAUGCAGUAUCUGUGCCAAGCUGUCUCCAAAGGGGUCAUCCCCCAAGGGGUGGUUCCUGCCCCCUGUGUGCCCUGCUGCCUGGUGGUCACAGAGCAGAAGCUCUUCACCUGCCACGAGGACUGCCAAACUAGCUUCUUCCGCUCACUGGCCACAGCCGAGCUGGCAGAUGUAGCCUCUGUCUCCACAGAGGCUGGCCGGGAGUACUGUAUGGUGGAGUUUGCCCAAGACCGUAAGCAAUACUUGCCCCCGUGGGUCCUCUAUUUUAGUUGUACUGCAGAACUAGACCGGUUCCUUUCCACUCUGGAUGCUGUGUGGAAAAGUACAUACCAGAUUGACCUUUCACACAAGCUGAUUGAGGACAGUUCCAUCAGGAAGAAAUGUGAGGAUGCCCUGAGCUUGAUCCAUAGCGCAUGGCAGCGCAGUGACAGCCUCUGCCGUGGCCGGGCUUCUCGGGACCCCUGGUGUUAGCCUUCCAGCUCAAGAAGAGGGACAUGAUUCUGCAGGAGGAGGAGCCUUGUUCUGCCUUCUGACAUGCAAUGAACAACUUGACAUGGGCUAGAGGCACUCAUGCUUCUGGGAGAAGACUCCUCCCAGGGGCUGCUGGGCUUCAAGCUGAAGGGUCAAGGUGUAGAAGGAACUCCAUUAGUUGCUGUUUACAUUUGGUUUGAUGACUGCUGAGACGGAACCCGUUCUAGGUGUCCCACUACUCUACGCCUAGGUGGAAACCAAUGGGUCUGUUUGUUUUUGCAAAUAGGCCAUCCAGGCACUGUGAUCCUUAAGCAACUUCUACCAAGAUUGUGUCAUGGUACGCUUCCUCUCUUGAUGCAUCCCAGCAGCAGCAUAUGGUACACAACCCACUGGUGUUGGUAGCAGCUUGGCGGAAGGUCUUGUGUCACAGUUCUCUAAACUGAGAGCUUAGCAUCAGGGCUGGUCUUUGACCUCCACAAGGAAAGCGGAUCUCUUCCUCCUAAUGGGAGUCAGGUGGUAGUGAAAAGGGGAGCACUCUGGUGUAUGGCAAAGAGGAGGUUCCGUAAUGCCCAUGCUCACUGGUCAUUCAUCUUUGAGAAUGUAAUGAGAGUGGACACGCAGGGGCACCCUGCAUGCAUUUUACCUUCUUUUAAGUAAUCACCCCCUUUGUGCAGCUUUCAUCCACCUUGAGAUACAGAACAGCCCUCCCUGUCUGCCUGUUAAGCUGCUCUCCUUAGUUCUUCCUUGGCUACUGUCACUCUAAAAAGGAGGUAUCUAACAUGACUUCAGUAACCUGAUGGGCAAAGCUGGAAUGCAGGGUCAAAUCCUGUCACCCUCUGACUCAGCUCGGAAAGAGCAAUGGAAAGGACUCUUGUGUGAUGCAAAGAACUCCUUAUCUCUGUAACCUUGAUUGGCCAGAAGGUGGCACUCUUGUUCGAAGAAAUUUCGAAGGAGAAGGCUCUGCAGAGGGUAUGCCAACGUGCUUUGCUUGUGAUGUUAGUCGCAAGGCGCUGGAUGGCUGGAGGUGGGAAGAGUGAAGUGGUUACGAUGGAACAGAACAUCUUGAAGCCACCAUUUGCAAAGGCAAAUCCAUACAAACUGGGGCCAUGCCACUUAUCCCAAGUCAUGCAGUCACUCUAAAAGUGGGGUGGGGGUUUUAUUUGCCUGGUUUGGUUUUUUUAAUUGUUUCAUAUCUCAAAACAUCUGUAUUUUAAAAAAAUUAGAUACUUGCUAAUGUAUUAAGUUCAGUCAGGGGCCUUUGUUUCCCCAGGAAGUGAGGCCUCUGAGACAGGAUGUACUUGCACAUAUGUCUCCAUCCCAACCUGUAAUAAUAAACUGUCCUUGCUAAUUU